AUGGAGGAGUUAGCACGCUUGGGAGAUGGCGCGCUGCUGGCGAUAGGCGGCGCAGAUGACGCGCAGCCGAUGGACGUCGAUGAAGAAGCAAACGAUUACGACGAUAAUUUGAUAGAGGAAGAAAUGUUGGCGCUGUGCAUGCUGAUGAGCAUCCUGCUGAUGGUGUCCCUGAGCCAAUUGGACGGAAGAUCAAUUCGAGGCUCUAUUCAGGAGCACGUUGUCAUUCAAACAGACUUUUUUCCCAAGCUGAAAGCGCGUCGUUCUCCUACCGCCUACAAGAAGACGUUGCGGUGCCUGCCAGAUUUCUUUGAUGGGCUAGUUCGACUACUGGGGCCAUUAUACUAUCGCAAAUAUGGUCUCCCAGGGCAAAACACACAGUAUCAUUUCGAUUUCGGGCUUGCAGCAGUAUUGGCAUACUACGGGAAUAGCUGUGGUAUUGACGGGGAUGGAAUUGGUGGAGCUGCAGCACAGUUAGGGAUAUCAAGGACCGUUGCCGGCGUCUAUAUCAAACGGCUAGAGGAUGUUCUCUAUGAAAUGAUGCCAGAAGUCAUCUAUUUCCCAGCCCCGACAGCACUAGAGGAAUGGUCGGAACUGGUGGAAGGCUUUGUUGAACGUAGAAGUAAUUUUCCUGAUGUCGCGUGCAUCUUUGAUGGAACAAUCAUUAAAACGAGACGCCCGCGCGAUCACAUGCGCACAAAUGGCUUCUACGACAAGAAUGGCAAAACGUCUUACAACGGUUUGGCAGCUAUUGAUUUCCGUGGAAAGUUUCGAUUCAUUGGAGUUUUUUUCGGGCAGCAACUCAGAUCAAUCAAUGUGGAACCAGUCUGA